AUCAACCGCCGGGACCGAGAAAUAUCCACGGCCAAUCUCCUCACUCCCCGCCACUUCGUCGUCACUCGCUCCCGCAACCUUCCGCCUCCCCUGCCAUGAUCACCGCAGCCUCCACAGUCGCGGCCGCCACCUUCCCGUUCCUCUCCUCCUUCCACCGCCCGCGCCUCAGGCCCUGCCCUUCCCGCGUCACCGUUCUCUUCCCUGCCCGGGCCACAGGUUCCUCCUCGUCCUGGGAGCAGCGCGAGGAGGCGCGGUGGCUCCGCGAGGAGCAGCGCUGGCUGCGCGAGGAGCAGCGUUGGCUCCGCGAGGAGUCCCGCUGGCGCGCUGAGCGCGAGGCCCUCCUCACCGAGAUCGCCGCGCUCCGGCUCCGGCUCCGGGCGCUCGAGGGGCCGCCGUCCCACCUCGCGGCUGUCGACGCCGUGGCCUCGCCAGCGCCCCCAGCUGCGGUGCCCGCGCCGCAGCCCAGGUCUGCGCUGGUGGAGGAGGUCGAGGUGAGGAAGGAGGUGGUGAUGGUCGAAGAGAAGAAGGCCAAGACCGAGGCCGGGAGCGGCACCGGCAGCAAGAGCAGGAGGACGCUGAGGGCGGGGGCCGAGGGCGAGGACGUGCGCGCGAUGCAGGAAGCUCUGCAAAAGCUCGGUUUUUACUCGGGUGAGGAAGACAUGGAGUACUCUAGCUUCUCAUCUGGCACCGAGCUAGCUGUCAAGACAUGGCAGGCAACGGUAGGGACUUCAGAGGACGGGGUGAUGACGUCGGAGCUACUAGAGAUGCUAUUUACAGGGAAGACUCGGGAGGAUGUGACAGCAAAAGAUGGCAUAAACGGAGCAGCUGCUCCUGCUGUAACAGGAAUCGCAGAGGUUCGACAAACUGUGGUUACAGAAAAUGGUGUCUCAGGAGUGGGGGUCUCCGAACACAGAGUGUUUCUUCUUGGUGAAAACAGGUGGGAAGACCCAUCCAGGUUAACCCAGAAGAAAAAACCAACCAGCACCGGUACUGCUGCAUCGACCAAGACAUGCAUCUCAUGUAGAGGUGAAGGCCGCCUCAUGUGCACAGAAUGUGAUGGAUCAGGUGAGCCAAACAUUGAACCACAGUUUUUGGAAUGGGUCGGCGAAGAUACAAAGUGCACAUACUGCGAAGGCCUUGGUUCCAUUGUAUGUGAUGUUUGUGAAGGGAAGAAAGUAAUGCCAAGUUAAGCAAGACCUAGGAGCAACAUUCUGCCUUGUUCGUGGACAUCUACAACAGCAUAUGUAGAUACUAGCAAAUUAAUCAGUUUUAUCACAAUAAUUGAAGAGUAUGCACAUGGCUAGUGUUAGUGGCCCUGUCAUUCCUACAUAAAGCAGAGGCAUAGCGAUAUUGUAAUGUUAUUUCUUGUACAAUAGUAGAUGAAAAUAUAUUAACGAAGAAAGGAAUUUCUUUCUCAAA